AUGGACUCGCACCCUGUCCCCCCGCCCGGCGCAUUCGACGACUCCCAGUUCUUCAACCCCGCCUUCCAACACUCCCUCUUUCCCUCCCCGCCGCCUCUCCCCGCCUCCGCAGACCUCUUCUCCCCCUCAGAGACGACUGACUUUCUCGGUUUCCUCGACAACUUCAACUGGGAGCUGGACUUUGAUUCCCACAAUGCACCCUAUCCCACUCCCUUCUCCCAUCUAGGGCCUCUCGCUGAGGAUGGCCAUCCAAAUCCGCAGCCCUCGGCGCACCAACAGCUGGACCCCAGGCUGAGUGCUCCCUCCGCCUCGCCAUCAGGUUCCUCGUCGUCCGCACAAGCCCCUCCGGAUCCCGCAUCAGCAGUGCCUCCAGGGCUGCGUCCGAAACCGCUGUUGUCCACGCCCCAGAAACGGCUGAAUCACAUCAUGUCCGAACAGAAACGGAGGAAUGCCAUCCGUGAUGGCUAUUUGCAGCUGACCACCCUCCUGGCUCCCGCGGGUGCGCCACCCGGGUCUGGGAUGCCCACGAGGGGGCGUCCGAAGGGGAGCGGGGGGCAGAGCAGGGGUAACAAGGGGAAGAGCGGGAUCCUUUUCAAGGCGCGAGAGUACAUCCGGUUUCUCGAGGAGGGAAACGAUGCUCUGCAGCAGGAGCUGAUGAAGGUCGAGGCCGCGGCGGAGGCCCAGCAUUGA